AUGGCGUCCGCCUGGUUGAUCAUGACCGUCAUCGCGGUGCACGUCGCGUCGGUGAGCGCGGUGUUCAGGCCCACGACCAAGGAUGAGCUUAACUACGCCAUAUCGAGCUGCCUGACGAACAACGCGAGCGGAGUCCAGUGCUGCGCUGCAAGUCCAUAUUGCAACGCCGGUCCCGGCACUGCAUCUUUCACUGACGACAUAGGGGACUGGGACACGUCGCUCAUCACGGACAUGAACUUACUAUUCGAUGGCAGGGCAAUGUUCAACGCGGACAUCAGCAGGUGGAACACGUCGCAGGUCACAGACAUGGCAGAAAUGUUCAGUGGCGCCGACGUGUUCAAUCAACCCAUCGGCUCGUGGGAUACCUCGCAGGUCACGAGAAUGGAGUACAUGUUCCGAAACACCGCCGCGUUCAAUCAACCCAUCGGCUCGUGGGAUACCUCGCAGGUCACGAGAAUGGAGUACAUGUUCCGAUUCGCCGACGCGUUCAAUCAACCCAUCGGCUCGUGGGAUACCUCGCAGGUCACGAGAAUGGAGUACAUGUUCCGAAACGCCGCCGCGUUCAAUCAACCCAUCGGCUCGUGGGAUACCUCGCAGGUCACGAGAAUGGAGUACAUGUUCCGAAACGCCGCCGCGUUCAAUCAACCCAUCGGCUCGUGGGAUACCUCGCAGGUCACGAGAAUGGAGCACAUGUUCCGAAACGCCGCCGCGUUCAAUCAACCCAUCGGCUCGUGGGAUACCUCGCAGGUCACGAGAAUGGAGUACAUGUUCCGAAACGCCGCCGCGUUCAAUCAACCCAUCGGCUCGUGGGAUACCUCGCAGGUCACGAGAAUGGAGGACAUGUUCCGAGACGCCGACGCGUUCAAUCAGGACAUCACUCGUUGGUAUACGCUCUCGUCGAUCACCUCGAGCGGUAUGUUCCUGGGCGCCACCGCCUGGCAAGCGAGGUACACGAACUGCGGCUACCACAACACCGCCUACUCCGCCUGCAGCGAGUUCACGUCGUACACGAGCUCGGCAGACAUAUAUAAUGGGUACCACCAGGCCCGCGGGAGACACCGUCCCGGGUGGCGACGCGACGACGUGCUCGUCUGGAUCGUCGGCAUCGCCUUCGUCGCCAUCAUCGUCGACGCCAUCGUCGCCCAACUCCGCCCAAGACAAGAAGGCGGCGGCUGA